CCAGAUGGCGGGAAAGAGUCCCGCCGGGGUCAGCGGGCCGCCAUUAAAGAGCAGAAGGAGAAGAAGACACAACACGGCCGGUUGGUCCAGACUCGAGCUGUUAGACUCUAACUGGCGACUUUACUCCGGAACUACAGGUUAAAUCGGUUAACCGAGUAUCUGUGGAGCUCGUGAGGAGAUGAACCGUUAACCGGAGAUUUUAAUCUGAAUCUGUCUGUUAACAAGCUAGCCUAGCCACUUAGCUUUAGCUUAGCUGCGUCCCGGAGGAUGGGCCGAGGAUCCGGACCGACCCGGGGCCGCCCGCUGCCGGGGGGAGACGGGCCGCCGUUCGACAUGGGGCCGCCGGGCUGGGGGCCCCCGCCGCCGGGAGGCUGGGGGCCUCCGCCGCCGGGAGGCUGGGGCCCUCCGCCGCCCGGUGGAUGGCCUCCGCCGCCUGAGGAAUGGGGACCCGCUCCGCCCGGGGGGUGGGGACCCGCUCCGCCCGGGGGGUGGGGGCCCCCUGAAGAGUAUGACCCCAGGGACCUUCCACCGCGCUGGAGAUUGAGGGGACCCUCGCCGCCACCGGGCUGGGGCCGCCACCCCGACGACUGGCUGCGCCCCCCUCACCCCGAGGACCUGAGGCUCCCUCACCCUGAUGACUGGAGACCCCCUCACCCCGAUGACCUGAUACCCCCUCACCCCGACGACCUGAGGCCCCCUCACCCCGACGACUGGAGACGCCUUUACCCCGACGACUGGAGACCUCCUCAUCCGGACUGGAGACCCCCCCAUCCAGACUGGAGACCUACCCAUCCAGACUGGAGACCCCCCCAUCCAGACUGGAGACCCCCUGAGGACUGGGGACCCGACAGGCCUCCCCAUCCGGGCUGGGGACCCCCUGGUUGGGGUCCGGACCGCCCCCCUGAGUGGGGACCCGAGGUCGUCCCCCCCGGACCUCUCCCUCCGAUGCCCCCUCCAGGCCUGACUCCUCCUCCUCCUCCUGUGGGGAUUCCUCCUCCGGACCCGGCAGCCUUCGGCCCGAUGCCUCUGGCCCCGCCCUGCGUGCCCCCGCCCUGCGUGCCCCCCCCGGGGUACCCGGCGUACCCCCCUCUGGGCUGGACGGGAGAGACGGUGGUGGAGGAGCCGAUGCCCAACCCUCCACCGGACCAGCCGGAGUGGAUCAAAGCUCUGAUCUCGGCUCCGCCCCCUGACUCCGCCGCGGGGGAACCAAAGAAACCCAGCGAGGACCCGGACCCCGCCAAGCCUCCGGAGGCCGACCCCCCCGCCCCCCCCAAAGCUAAAGCUAAAGCCAGAGGGGACACCAGCAGGACGGCCCGGGCGCUCGGCCUUCUGGGAAAACGCCUGUUUGAUAAACCUCCACCGGGACGCUCCACAGGCAUCAUCUCCUUCAUCGGGCCGUCGUUCGGCUACAUCGAGAGAGAAGAUCUGGAGAAGUUCACCUUCAGCUUCGACGCUUUCUUUGGAAACCCCAAAGCCAUGCAGCCCGGGGUCAGAGUUCACUUCACCGCCUGCAAGGAGAAGAUCAGUCUGAUCGCCACGGACGUCAAAGUGGCGCCGGGCGGGACGGAGAACGUGGACACGGAGAUCUACGAGGCCGUGGUCAGCCAGCCCGUCGCCGAGCCUCAGCCCGGGGAGCGCCAGUACCCGGGUCAGGUCCACGUGGACCUGGGUCCACUGAGGACCAACCUGACGUUUGAGAGGAAGGACAGCACGGUGACGCUGCUGAAGGACGACCACGUCCUCAUCAACCUGCUGACGGACAUCGUUAGUGAGAAGAGACGAGCCACCAACAUCAAACCUAAGAUCCCCUCCACCUUCAGCCACACGGGGGAGACCAGGGAGCAGGGCGUCAUCAUCAGCCUGAAGGACGGCGAAGGCAUCAUCCGCUGCGACGCCCACGGCGAGCUGCCCUUCCACAUCACAGAGAACUUCAGCGACGUGGAGUUCACCGACGACGACGUCAGCGAGGAGGUCGAGUUCACCGCCAUCACGCUGAGGGCGGGGAAGAGGGCCAUCAGGAUCCGGCGGGUGAAAGAGCCGCUCCUGCUGACGCUGUCCGCCGCCACCGCUGCCGCCGCCGCCGCCGCAGAGGAGGCCGCCUCCCACAGAGAGGACGAGGACAGCGACGAGGAGUGUCUGCUCAGAGACAAGGCCGCCGGCGGGAAACCCGAGAUUAUCGCCGCCAACAUGAAGCUGGACGCCGAGCUGUACGAAGGCAUCGUCAGCCAGCCCAUCAUCGAGCCCACGCCCACCAUGAAGGGUUACCCGGGUCAGAUCCACGCCAACAUCGGCCCCAACCGCACCAACGUGACCUUUGACCACCGGGACUGUGGCGUCACGCUGCUGAAGAACGACCACGUGCUGAUCAACCUGCUGGUGGACCUGACCACCAGGAAGAGGAGAGCCGCCAACAUCAGGCCCAAGGUCCCCUUCACCUUCAGCUACACCCGGGAGACCAGGGAGCAGGGCGUGGUCACCUUUCUGGGUCCUGAAGAAGGAAUCGUUAACUCUGAGGAGCACGGAGAGCUGCCCUUCGACAUCUGUGAGAACUUCAGCGACACCGAGUUCAACAACAGCGACAUCCACAAGGAGGUGCAGUUCACGCUCGCCACGGUGAAGUCACAGAAGAGAGCCAUCAGGCUCAUGAGGAUCAAGACGGGCGGGGACAAAAUCCUGGAGGAGCAGAAAAGACGGGAGGAGGAGGACAAGAGGAGGAGGAAGGAGGAGGAGGAGAGGAGGAAACAGGAGGAGGAGGAGAGGAAGAGGAGGGAGGAGGAGCAUCAGAGAGUCUCGGAGAAGAAGAAGAAGGAGGAGGUGGCAGCCGCGCUGGAAGCUGCAAAAUGCAAAUGGACACCGCUCGGCUUUAAAAUAAGGAACCCGAACACGCUGGACGACAUCAGCAAGGAGCGAUUCGAAGGCACCGUCCUCAGAGCCAUUUCCAAAUAUCCACGUAAAGAGAUCAAGAAGGAGCCGGAGGAGAACAAGGAGGAACAACCAGGAGAACAAGUGCUCCCCGGACAGGUCAAAAUUAAAGUGGAGAAAAUGGACGAAGACGAGCAGAAAGAGGCUAGUGAAAGACCUGAAGGAGAGGGAGGACAGGAGGUGAAGAUGGAGACAGAGAAGGAGGUGAAGAAAGAGGAGGAGAAGAAGUGCCAGGGUGGAGGAGAAGCAGCAGCUGGCAGCAAAGUGAAACAGGAGCCGGAGACGGGUCGACUGGUGAUGACCGUCGACGGGCAGCAGAAGCAGCUUUCCUUCACCGCCGACGACCUGCUGACCACCGCCACCAUGCUGGACGGAGACAAGGUGCGCUUCAACAUCGCCACGCACCAGGAGAGCCGAGAGGAGCGCGCCACCUUCGUGGAGAUCCUCCCCGCCUCCUUCGAGGAGUCCAUCGAGCAGCGGAGACACGGCAUCGUGAUCGAGUUCUCCCACGACUCGGGACUCAUCAAGUGCUCCCAGAACCCCCAGCUGUACUUCCACAUGUCCGAGGUGAUCGAGAAGAAAAGACUGGAGCUCAACGAGAAGGUCGAGUUCAGCGUCGUCCCGCAUGAAACAGCGGAGGGGGGGCUCCAGGCCAUCAGGAUCAAACGCUUCACUGAGAGCGUUUUCCUUCCUGUUCGUAAGCUGAGUGGUGUCGGGGCCAAUAAAGGAAAGAUGACCAUCAAGCUGACAAAAGCUUCAGAAGAAACUGAGAAAGAGAAACCAGAGACGGACAAGCUGAAGGCGGUGGUGAAGAGUCUUAGAGCACAGGACAGCAAGUCCAGUAUGGGCAGAAGGGAUUACGGCUCCUCUCGGCGCAGGUAUGGCAGGAGCAGGAGUAGGAGUAAAAGCAGAAGUCCUCGCAGGAGUCGGGCCAGGAGUAGGAGUAAAAGCAGGAGUCCACACAGAGACCAGUUUGGACGUAUCCUCAAAAGGAGACGCAGCACCAGCGCUGACCGCGAUCGGAAAAGCAGCAAGUACAGGCGAAGCCGAGAGACGUCGAACAGGCGAACCAAGAGCCGAAGCAAGAGCUCCAGCAGGAGCCGCAGCAGGAGCCGCAGCAGGAGCAGGAGCAGGAGCAGGGACAAAAACAAGGACAAAGCUGUCAAGAAGAGGAGCAAAAUCAGCACAGAGCGCGAAGAAAGUCACAGGAGGAGGAGGGAGAUGAGCCCUCCGCCCAGGCGCGGUGGAGUCGUGGACGAUGAGCUGGCGAGGAAGAAGCGGGAGCUGGAGGAGCUGAACGACAUGAUUGCCUACAAAAAGUCACUGGUGGACAUAGACCCCAGAGACCUGGACCCAGGACAGAGGACCUGCAUAGACUACGACCACGGCAGGAUCGCUGUCCCACUCGCUGAGUACAAACCAGUCCGGUCCAUCCUGAAGAAACGAGCAGAGGGACCUGAUUAUCACCCUUCUCAGCCUUAUGAUGACCCUUACUACGACCGGCCGUACAGUUCUUUCCCCGAUCGGCGAUACGCCGAGCGCUACGGUGACCCUUACGCCAGUCGUGCCUACACCGAUCGGCCUUAUGGCGAGCGUCCCUACCCUGACCGGCCUUAUGAAAGUCGUCUCUAUGGUGAACCUUCCUAUAGUGGCCCUCCGUCUGCCAGCCAGCGGUACACUGAUCGAUACGACGUUUAUGACGAACCUUAUGACGAUCGCUACUAUGACCCGGCAUAUGCAGACCGACCUUACAGUGAUCCAUAUCGCCCUGUCAAACGGAGCCAGUCUCCAGAACCCCAUGGUCCCUCACCUUCUUCCCAGUCCAGCCAAGUUCCCGCUGCCUCCGCCGAACAUCCCUUGACACAUUCUGCUGCCUCUUCCCAACUCCCUUUCAGACCUCCUUCCCCAACAGAACCUCCUCCUAGAAGCCCCUCUCCCAAACUGAAGAACGCCAUACCAUGCCAGGACCCUCCAGCUGUGAAACCACCCCUCGAUCGCUUCCUCGACAUGCUUAAUAAAAAGAAGGUUGAGGAAAUAAAAACUGAACCGGUUCAUGUGAGUGAUGACCUUCUGCCUCAUGAGCGGGCGCUUCAAGAUGGCAGGGGAUUCUCUCGGAUUGUGGGACUGGCUCAAGAGCAACCCAGCAGCAGUCUAGCUCUAGAAGAGCAAAAGAGACAGCUAAGCCCUAGAAGGUCCUCAUUAGAGAGGACAAGUGAGGAACCAAAGAUCAAGACCGAACCCUACGACAAGAUCCAAAGUCUGCUACGUACGAUCGGCCUGAAGCUUAGCACAGGAGACAUGUCCAAACUGGCAAGCCGAGCCCAGGAGAGGAUCUACAGUCCGAAGUCCUCAUCCACAGAAAGAGAGACUUUGUCAUCCCCAAGGGAAGAACUGAAAACUAGUAGAACUGGUUCUGUUGAAUCAGAUCACAUCCAUUCCCCCUCACCUGCCAGGUCCUCCAGUGUGGAGCCACUGAGCAGGUCCAAAGCUGUCUCUGAGUAUGAAGGAUUCCUUGACCAGCAAGAGCUUGAGGCACUAAAGAAGGCGCAACAGCUGCAGAGUCUUACCAAGACAAUGGGAAGCACGCCCUCCCCCAUUCCUCCCCCAAAGCCUCCUCCUGGGCCCCCACCCGCCCACUGCCAACAUCCCCCGGCACCUCUCAACUGGUCUCUUGGAGUCACUGCUCAGAUUCCCCCAGAGCAGAACUCCCCAACACCCAGCACCUGCGCUCCUCCUACAGCUGCUCAGCCACCCCAGAGAUUUGGUCUUCCUGCAGGACCUCCUCCUGGAUUUUCUCCACGGCAUCCUGCACAGCCUCCCCCAGGACCUCCUCCGGGACCUCCACCCCGGCGCCCUCCGGGACAACCUCCUUUCGUUCCACCGUCCAGUCAUGCAGUCUUUCCGUUUAUUGGCCAGCCUCUUGCAGCUCCGCCCCUUAACUCCUCGAGUCCUCUGCAGCCUUUAACCACUGCUGCAGUAUCACCACCACCAACAACAACUGCAACAUCCAGUCCUGCGAGCGAUAACGAAUCCACCAUCUCUACGACAGUGGCCAGAUGCCUAAAGGUCAUAGAGACGGUAAAAUCUCUGGCUGUGCAGGCACCAGCCAAACCGGUUAAAUCAGUCCAGUUCAGCUUACCUUCAGUCUCUCCACCAACCUCCAGUCUGCAGCCCUCGACAGAGACCGACGAUGACAUAAAGACCAAGCAGAAGGAGAAGCUGGAUUUGUAUAAUCAAAGGGUUUUGGAAAAGCGGGAGCAACACUACAAGGAUUGGCUGGUCCGCAGAAAACAGGGCGGGGACUGGAAGGACGGCCCAUCGAGCUUCCCAGGCGUCCCGACGGCCAGCGAGCCGAAGAAGGUUUGGAUCUGCGGCCACUCGCUGGUGUACUGGGCCGAGUCCAGGGCCAAGUCUCCGGAGGUAGGUAUGCAGCUGGGCAUGGACCCCAGCAAGGUGACCAUCUGGUGGAAAGGCACGCAGGGCAUGACCUGGUCCCAGCUGCUGCCCCAGCUGCACCAGCUCAAAGUCACCUGGCCCAACCCCGACGUGCUCAUCAUGCACCUGGGCGGCAACGACCUGAGCACCGACAGCCCCACCGACCUGCUGGCCUCCGUCAAGAAGGACCUGACCUCCAUGAGGAGCAUCUUCCCGCAGUGCGUCCUGGUGUGGUCCAACAUCCUGCCCCGCCGGGUGUGGCGCCACUCGUCCGACAGCCACGAGGUGGACCUGGUCCGCACCACCGUCAACCGCAGGAUCCAGAACAUCGUGUCGGAGCUGGGCGGCACCUCGCUGACCCACGACAACAUCCGCUGCGGCGCCAACACGGGCCUGUACCGCGCCGAUGGCGUCCACCUGUCCCCCAAAGGGAUCGACGUCUUCAACCUCAACCUGCAGGACUUCCUGGAGAAGUGGGAGCUGGAGACAAACUAGGGUAUCAAGUCUUUCUGUUUUAAUGCCGUCUCUUUUAUUUCUAACGAUAGUUCACAUGAUUAAAUUCCAGCUAAUAAAAGUUUCAGUAAACAGUCGCGUUGGUUGAUGGACAGAAACAUGUUUGUGCGUCUGAAACAAUAAAUGAGUGAAACCUGA